UGCUCUCUUGUGCUUGGGUUCUUAGUUUUUCUUUUUUCCCCUUUUAAUAAAAUUUUAAUUUAAUAAUAUUUUAUAGAUUUUCCAAUUUUCUUUUCUUUGUAGGAGUUUGUUAUGUAAAUUUCAAUUUUCCACCAUUUUCCUUGCAAGAACUUUGAACUUCACAGUCUAAAACCCCAUUGCUGUCCUCUGCCGCUCUCCCGCCUUCGCCGCCGUCAUGGCCCUUCUUCGCCUCCUCUCCAGGACCACCGCAAUCCCCUCCAAACCCCACCACAUUCUCUCCUCCUCAUCCGCCACCGCCGCCGCUUUCUUCUCCACCUCCUUCCUCAUCACCAAAAUCCCCAAAAAAUUCAGGAAAAAACGCAAGAAAAAGGAAAGCCCUAGAACCAAAUCGAUCCAAACCCAGCCCAAUCUCAUUCCCCACUUCGAGAACAUCCUCCACCGCGACGCCUAUUUUCGAUUCUUCACUAAAACCAAGGAAUUCCUCUCCAAACAGCGCGAACAGGUCCUCCUCCUCGACGACGCCGGAAAGCUCCACCAGCAGCUAGGGUUCCCCCGCGGCCGGAAAGUCCUGAAAUCCAUCCUCCGCCACCCGCUCAUCUUCCAAACCUACCGCCACUCCGACGGCAAGAUGUGGUUCGGAUUCAGCGACCUCAUGGACGAUCUCCUCCGCGAGGAGCGCGAAAUCGAAGCCAAAUCGGAGCUUCAGAGGGUCGAUGUCGUGAGGAAAUUGCUGAUGAUGUCGGUGAAUAAACGGAUCCCCUUGAGCAAAAUCUAUCACAAUAGGCUUCUAUUUGGGAUUUCAGAGGAUUUUAGGGAUAAAAUUGCUAAUUACCCAAAUUAUUUUCGAGUAACUGUUGAAGAUGAUGGCAAAAGGAUUCUCGAGCUAGUGAAUUGGGACGACUCGUUGGCGGUGAGCGCGUUGGAGAAGGAAUUCAUGGCUGAUGAGGAGAAGGUGAAGAAGGCAUUCAGAUUCCCGGUGAAGCAUGGUAGGAAGCUGGAGUUGGAGUUGGAGGAUGAGAGGAAGUUGAACUUGUUGAACACAUUGCCAUUGGUUUCGCCUUAUUCGGAUGGGAGCAAGCUCGAUUUAUGGACGUUGGAGGCGGAGAAGUACAGAGUGGGGAUCAUCCAUGAGUUCUUGAGCUUGACUUUGGAGAAGAGGGCAUACAUACACAAUGUUGUGGAGUUCAAGGAGGAGUUUAGCCUCACGAAGCACACGUACCAGAUGCUUCUGAAGCAGCCUCGGACGUUCUACCUGGCUGGCACACAGAUGAACUGGUGUGUGUUUCUCAAGGAUGGCUAUGGCGGGGAUGGGGAGCUCGUUAGCAAGGAUCCGCAGGUGGUGUUCAAUGAGAAGCUCUAUAAGUAUGCGGAUAUGCAGGAAUCGGAGAUGGGUUGCAGGAUUGAGCAGGAACGUAAUGAGUGAUCGGAUUUAGCAAGAAUAGAAGAGGUGGAAGAAGAAUGAGAUGAGAAAUGAGGUUCCAAAUAUUUGAUUUUGCAAGAAUUGCAAUUGGAUUGCAGGGUUGAAUGAGAAUGAGAAGAUGGGCAGAGAGAUUUGUGAAUGGAUGGAUUCUUGAGAGUGGAGGGCAAAUGGAUUUUGAAUUUUGAGAGAGAGAGGGUCAUUUUUAUGGGGAGGAAUAGGAUCAUACUUGUGUGUUCUUGUAUAUGAAACAAUUCUCCAAGCUUGGGUGUUCGUUUUCUAUUUUACAUAAUAGAAAAACAUGAUUAAGUCGAAA